AUGAUGCAAAUCGCAAAAAUACAUUUUUUGUCCAAAACCACUUUUUACGAAAUACAAAAAAAGUACAUAUUCCAAGCGAUUCACAAAAUAUAUUCCACUCAUCGAGAAUUGUGUGAUUCACCAGGUUACAGUGCAAAGUACGGAACUUACACGUUACUUAAUUCAAAAUCAAAUGAAAUAGUUGACUUUCAUGUAGUUCAUGUCGGCCAAGUUGGGAAUUCGUCGCGUAUGGAAAAACAAGGAUUGAUUGUUGUUCUUAAUCGUUUGUUAGAAAAUCAACUGUCAAUUGAAGGCAUUGCAACUGACAGGCACGUUCAAAUCCGGAUGUACAUGCGAGAAGAACGGAAGGAUAUUAAGCACCAUUUUGACGUAUGGCAUAUGGGGAAAAACAUUAAAAGAAAGUUGGUCAAAUGUGCCAAGAAAACAACUGCAAAAGAUUUACUUCCUUGGGUAAAAGCUGUCAUAAAUCAUUUCUGGUGGUGUUGCGCCUCUUGUAAUGGUAACGUGGUAGAGUUACGAGAGAAAUGA